UCUUCUGACAUCCACGCCCACAUCCCCAGCUAUACCCACAUCCCACCCUUAUCUUCUCAAAAAAUGGCUACCGAGAGCUUUGGUUUCCAGGCCGAGAUCAGCCAGUUGCUCGACCUGAUCAUCAACACCUUCUACUCGAACAAGGAGAUCUUCCUUCGGGAGAUCAUCUCGAACGCCUCCGAUGCCCUGGACAAGAUCCGCUAUGCGUCUCUCACCGACCCGUCGGCCCUCGACACCGGCAAGGACCUCUACAUCCGUAUCAUCCCCGACAAAGAGAACAAGAUUCUCCGACUCAUCGACACGGGUAUCGGUAUGACCAAGGCCGACAUGGUCAACAACCUCGGUACCAUUGCCAAGUCCGGCACCAAGGGUUUCAUGGAGGCAUUGAGCUCAGGUGCCGACAUUUCCAUGAUCGGCCAGUUUGGUGUCGGUUUCUACUCCUCGUACCUCGUCGCCGAGCGCGUGCAAGUCAUCUCGAAGCACAACGACGAUGAGCAGUACAUCUGGGAGUCCGCUGCGGGUGGCACCUUCACUAUCACUUCCGACAACAUCAACCCUCCUCUCGGCCGUGGUACCGAGAUCCGUCUCUUCAUGAAGGAGGACCAGCUCGAGUACCUCGAGGAGAAGCGCAUCAAGGACAUUGUCAAGAAGCACUCCGAGUUCAUCUCGUACCCCAUUCAGUUGGCCGUGACCAAGGAGGUCGAGAAGGAGGUUGAAGACGAGGAGGAGGAGGAGGCGAAGGAGGAUGAAGAGAAGCCGAAGAUCGAGGAGGUUGAUGAGGAGGAGAAGCCUAAGAAGACCAAGAAGAUCAAGGAGAAGGAGGUUCAAAACGAGGAGCUCAACAAGACGAAGCCCAUCUGGACGCGUAACCCCAGCGAGAUCACUCAAGAGGAAUACUCUGCCUUCUACAAGAGCUUGACGAACGACUGGGAGGAGCAUCUCGCUGUCAAGCACUUCUCCGUCGAGGGUCAGCUUGAGUUCAAGGCCAUCCUCUUCGUUCCCAAGCGUGCACCCUUCGAUCUCUUCGAGACCAAGAAGAAGCGCAACAACAUCAAGCUCUAUGUUCGCCGCGUCUUCAUCAUGGACGACUGCGAGGAUCUCAUCCCCGAGUACCUCAACUUCGUCAAGGGUAUCGUUGACUCUGAGGAUCUGCCGCUCAAUAUCUCUCGUGAGACGCUCCAGCAGAACAAGAUCCUCAAGGUCAUCCGCAAGAACAUUGUUAAGAAGUGCCUCGACUUGAUCACUGAGAUCUCGGAGGACAAGGACAACUUCAACAAGUUCUACGAGUCUUUCGGCAAGAACCUCAAGCUCGGUGUUCACGAGGACGCGCAGAACCGCAGCAAGCUCGCUGAAUUCCUCCGCUUCUACACGACGAAGUCGCAGGAGGAGAUGACCUCGCUCAAGGACUACAUCACUCGUAUGCCCGAGGUCCAGAAGAACAUCUACUACCUCACUGGCGAGUCGCUCUCUGCUGUGAAGGACUCGCCUUUCCUCGAGGUGCUUAAGCGCAAGGGCUUCGAGGUCCUUCUGCUCGUCGACCCCAUCGACGAGUAUGCCAUCACCCAGCUCAAGGAGUUCGAUGGCCACAAGCUCAUCUGUGUGUCGAAGGAGGGCCUCGAGCUCGAGGAGACCGACGAGGAGAAGAAGGAGCGCGAGGAGGAGGCCAAGCAGUUCGAGGACCUGUGCAAGGCCGUCAAGGAUGCGCUCGGCGACAAGGUCGAGAAGGUCGUCGUCUCGAACCGUAUCUCUGACUCGCCGUGCGUGCUCGUCACCGGUCAGUUCGGCUGGUCGUCGAACAUGGAGCGCAUCAUGAAGGCGCAGGCGCUCCGCGACUCGUCGAUGUCGUCGUACAUGGCUUCGAAGAAGACGCUCGAGCUUAACCCGCACAACCCGAUCGUCAAGGAGCUCAGGAAGAAGGUGGCGGAGGACCAGGCGGACAAGUCCGUGCGCGACCUGACGUACCUCCUCUUCGAGACCGCUCUCCUCACCUCUGGUUUCUCGCUCGACGACCCGACGUCGUUCGCGAAGCGCAUCCACCGCAUGAUCUCGCUCGGCCUCGACGUCGACGAGGAAGAGUCGGCACCCCUCGCGUCGACCGACGACGCACCCGUAGCAGAGGGCGCGUCGACGUCUGCCAUGGAGGAGAUCGACUAGAUGGGGUGUUCGGUAGAAGGACCGGGUCUGUUGCUGUCGUGCUCCUUGUAGUGUAUCAUAGCUUUUGCUUGGGCUUUGUUGUCUUCGCAUUUCACGACCAUAUCAUACGACGCUAAUGUAGUGCACAUAGCGCAUACACAACGAAAAUCAAUGCAUAGCUGUAUCUCACUGUUCCCCGGUAUACAGUAGCGUUGUUGUGUUGAGGCGGAAUUCUUCACUCUAAGGUGUGCAUCGGUGAACGUUGAACGUGGUAUCUCCUUCGUCUCGUUCACAAUGUGCUUGUGUCUAAGAAAGACCUUCGUGUAAUGGUACGCGGAGUGACGCGGCC